CUCGAGGAAAAUCACAGCGGUAGAGGAACUCGCGCUAUCAGCGCCGAAUUCUCGGUCGUCAGUUCACACGAGCCGCGGUAAAUACCAAUAAAAAUCGCGUUAUAAACCAAGCGCGCACCGUUCAAACGACAUAACAAUCCGAAAUAAGGUGGAAAAAUGGUCGUGCCAAUAGACAGAAUGUCUGCCUUCGAAAAAACAAAAAAGUACGUCGGAAAUAAUUUGAGUGUGGCGGUGAAAUGCAACACGAAAAAGUUGGUGGUCAUCGGGAAUAACUGCAAAGUUGAAUGCGAAGAAAACUUGGGACAAUUAAGGAUCGUCGGUGAUAAUAAUAAAGUUAUAGUUACCAGUGGAAAUGGGGGAAUUGAAUAUAUUGGAAACUGUGGAAAAGUUUGCCUUGGUGAUUCUGUAUUAGAAAAAAACACAACUUUUACAGGAAACAAUAUUAAAAUUAGUUCAAGACGAACCGAUAAAUGUAAAAGUGAUUCUGUUGAAAGUGUUGGUAGUGUUAAUAUUUGUAAUGCCAAUAGAGUUCAUCUAAGUAACACAAGUCUACCUAGCUGCCUUACUAAGAUUACCAAAAUUAGAAAGUAACAUGCAGUAUUUAUUCCUUGCCUCUACCUAGUCUUAAUUAAUUAUUUAUUAUAUUUUAUUUAUUUGUAAUGUAUUUAUGUAUAUGUUUUUAAACCAAAGUUCCUAAAAUAA